AUGAGGCCUUUACAGCAAAAGGUUUGUGACCCUUUUAGCCGUUCUAAAUUCAUCCUCCACUCAGACGAAUAAAGAUUUUAACACUUUGAAUUUUGUCUUCCUGUUUGCAGAAAGGUGCUGGGUUCCUGGAAGAACAUGUAUAUAUGGCUGGCGACCACACUCCCAAAGCGUUGUUGUUGCCUCUGACCUCUUGCCGAGUGUAACCCUGUGUUGUGAUGAACAAUUGUUGUCCCUUUUCGCCUUUUCUCAUAACAGCACAUCAUGAUCCUUAAGUCCAUAUCCAUGUCCAUGUCAGCUUUUUCCCAAACAAAACUGUCGGUUACUAAAUUAUCACAUGUUCCAGAUACUGUUCCUCAGUCUAGGUGUACGCCGAGAUAUUUACAACAUGUAUUUAUGAACUACAUGAAACAUCUACUUGUUUAUAUCAAUAAAUAAUUUUAUUUCUGCUUUUGUUUUUUCAAUUUAAUGUGUUUCUUUACUUUGAAGUCCAAGAGGAAGAGUGAAAAAGCUGCUGUCAAGUUUAAAAGUAGCAAAAAAAAUGUUAAUAUUGUGUUGGACGUAUCCUUUAUUUACUGUAUUUAAUGAGUGAUUGUGUGAAAUGCACAGAAGAGAGUGUAAAAACUUGACAAACAGAGGAUCAUUGUUAUCAUGCAUUACUGGAGCUUUUUGUCCAUAAAGGCCACCGUCUCUUAACCAACUAUAGGGUGAGCAAGGGAGUUUUUUUAAUCUAGAAUCUGACUAAUAGUUUUUGGUUAAUGUUCCUUUUACUAAACACUCGAUUUUUAGGUUUUCAGGAUGUUUAAGUGAAUUUGAGAAGUCUCUAACUCAGCAGCGUCACUUUAAAAAAUAGUUAAACUUAAUGAUAAAAAAACUGGUUGGUGCAGAGGAGGUUGGAUAUUCAUGUGAAGAUAAAAAAAUAAAAGUCCUUAAACAAGCGUUUGACUCAUUUAAAAGCUCCUGUAUAGAUCUUUGUUUUAAAGUUGAUUUUGGCGCCCCCUGUGGACAAAGACUUAAAUCUUCUGUCUUGCUGUAAGCUUGCUGAGAUCAGAAUUUUUAAAGAAAUCUCAUCUUUUAGUCUGCCAGCAGCCAAAUGUAUCACCUGCUGACGAGUCUCUAAAUCAUUUGGUUUGACAUCAACCUCCUUUCAGCAGUUUUAGGCAUUAAAAACUAAAAUAUAGAGACUGUCUGCCUCGGUACUAAUGGUCUUGUUGUUUUAGUGAGUCAUUUAGAGGCAUCUUUUUUAAUUUCCAACAGUUUUACAGCCAGUUAAAAACUUCUCACGGCAUUUGAUUAUAAAAACCAAAAGACGGCUCCAUAACAAUAAAGAUAAUGAAUAAAACUUAACCAGACACUUAUAUUUUAACAGAGCCUGUCAGCUACUCCAAAGCAGAGAACAGAAAUGUUUCUGAAUGAACCUCCAGCUCAGUAUCAAUGAGCUGCUGUAGACCAGUGACAACCCUGAGUCAGCAGCUCCGGUCAUUUGGCUCGAACAGACCCAAGAGCAAAUCCCAGUAUGCUUGGAUUUCCAUAAUAGUAAUACCAGCCGAUAAUACUGAUCUUGUAACUAUUUGGUACUGCGAGUUACUGGCAUAGUGAUACAGGGGCAGCAUGCCAGACAUAUCCAGGUUACAGAGACACAUGGGUUCACACAGAGGCUGACAAAAUUAGCCUCAGUGCUCCAUCUGGCUGUGGUUAUUUUAGGAGUGAGGAGAUCAACUGUUCAGAUGUACUUUUCUACUACUUUAAGAAACAUUAAGAAGGAAAGGAUUUCUUAUGAAUGUAAGAAAUGAGCGACAUGAAAACACACCUUUCUCAGCCUGAUCAUGUUCUCUUAGACUUGGUGGCAGGUUGGUGACAAAAAUAGAUUUGAAAGCAGAACAAAACCUUCAUAUUAUUGCAUUGAGAUAAUGAUUAAGUCAGUAAAUAAGCUUCAUAGUUUCAUGAACAGAAAAAUGAACCUGCUUCUUUGAGUGUGGCGCCCUCUUGUGUUAUAACCUAGCACCACAGGUUGACUAUUAAACAGAGGAUCAAGAGAGCUGUAAAAUCUGAACACAUUCAUAAAUUUCUGCCUCCAUGGGUGACAAACUACAGCGUUAAAAUUAACAGUCCAAGUAAUAUAAAGUAAAUUAAUUUAAUCUGAGUGUGAAGCAGAAUCCCGGUGAUUUAAGGCUCCGUUUUUCACAGAUGUGUGUCUUUAACCUGAAUGGAUCUCAGAUCUACUUCUGGAGGGUCCCCCGGUGCUGACACGCUGCAAUAGGGUCAGGGAGCGAGAGAUUUACGGCCUAAAUUAGAUCCUGCACCGAGAAAAAGUUUCAACCCUCCGAUGAAAAAACCUCCACUGAAACAUGGAAUCACAAUUUAAGAGCGUACUAACUUUAGUGUUAUGAAUCCAAGUGAGAUCUGUUAGGACUGUAAAAAUAAACAGAAUGAUAGUUACUCAGGGUUGGAAGUACCAACACAAGUUAUAUUGAGGUAAGGGACAAGAAUAUAGUGUUAAAUUGUAGUUUACAGUAUUGAAAGAGAGAAAAACUUUGUCCAACGGUUAGCCAAACAACUCUUAUGCUAAGCUAGCUGCUAAUGCUAAUGCUAACACCUGAGACACCUGAACGGCUCCUGUUAGCGCGACAGACCGAGUCCAUCUAAACAUCCAGGAUUUAACCAACUUCAUCAACUGUGAGCCAUGGAGGACUUAUUUCCAGGUAUGUUGUUUUCCUUUAUUUUAAUUACUAAUUCUGCUGUUUUUAAAUAAUUUUAUUUGCGAUAUACAGACAAGAGACGGACUAGAGUAGGGGAGACCGGGGCUUGUUGUCACACUUUUUACACUCAUAUAUUUCUUGGAAUCAAUACAUCAUAUGUAAACAGAAUGUGUACCACAAGAAAGACCGAAGUCUCAAGUAUAUAUUUGGUAUUCAUGUCAUUUUCAUAUCUUGUGUCAGUGCAGAGCAAUCAAAUAGAGAGUGUGAACAUGUGACGUGUUGCCCCACCAUCGGUAAGUUGUCUCACAACAUGGGGUAAGAUGUCAGUGGAUUUUGCAGCUAAUAAAACAAGCACAAAAUUAUUGUUGUUAUAUUUUUACAUGAAAGUGAACAGUUGGGCACAGAAAAUAUUUAUCAUUGAGCUAGAAAAAGUCGUUGAACAUAGCCAUCAAACAAACGUUAACAUAAAAUAUUAUCAACAUACUCUGGAGUUUUGGAGAUCUGUCUGACUCUGUAUUUUGGCUGGGGUGAAUAUUUUGCAGUACCGAGCUGAGGUAUGGUAGUUGACAUUAAAGUCCUUUAUUGUCCUCCAGAUUGAUUUAUUAGCGAGGGUCACCUGUCUGACAGUCCUCAGCAUCACGUCAGGAACUGCACUGACAUGUUCACUUUUUCUUUUUCAAUUCCUGACCAUGUAUUUUCGCUUUCUCUUCUCUUUUCAACCACUCUUCUCUGUAAAAAUAAAGCCAAAAUUUCAAUAUGACAACUGCUCUGUGUUCUCUGUGUUAAUUUUAAUCCCUUUUAAACAUGUGAAAACUAACCCCAAAAUGACUGAGACAUAUUGCCCCAAACUACCAUGUUUGCUAAUUUGAGCUCUAGCUUAAAGUUAGUUUGAAACAGAACAAUGACUGAGGUAUGACAGAAUUUCUGAAUCUCUCCUCUAACAAGUCGACAUGUUUCACUGUUAUGAUUUUUAUCUGGAAGAAGCUUAUUUUAAAAUAUAUGAAGUUAUUUUUUUAUUUACUUUGGGUUGUGUGAAAUGGUUAAUUGGCACUAAUCUUAGCUCACAAUGUGCCACUUACCCAUGUGACAACAAGCCCUGGUCUCCCCUACUGAGGCAAAGUUAAGCUAACAUUACUUCCCUAAGGCACUUUGAUAAGUAGUACUAGUAGUCUUUGUAGUAGCAGUAGUAAAUGCUGAAAUGUAUUCUAAUGAUUGCAUAAAACUGGUCAGCAUGUAGCAUUAACAUCUAAUUUCCUUGCAGAGCAGGUAAUAUGAUCAAUUUUCGUUGCUAACCUUUAAUUUUUAAAUUUAAUAUUUUGGGCUAAAGAGACUUGUAGAUUUACCUUUAUCAAAUUAAACUGCCCCAGACACAAUUUCAAUCUCUAUUCUCAAUACUGAUUUAGCUCUGUGUCUCAGUUUCCUCCCUUGUAUUAAACCUUAAUCCGUUCUGAAUGAGACAAUCACAAAACAUCCUGUGGCUGAAAACUGAAAAACAUGAAAACUUUCACCUCCAUCACUCCGACCCUGGAGCAGGAAUAGAAACAAAUGAGCUUGGUGGGAUGUGGAGUUGAUGAAAAGGUAGGAGGCUUUUGUGAUGCAGCAUCUCUGAGUCAUCUGCUGGUGCUGCUCUAAUCGUUGGUAAUGGACUGAGCCCGGCCUGGCUGCUGUUAUGUCAAGGGUAACGCCAAAGGCAAUGAAAUGGUUCAUCCACCUUGAAGGGGAGUCUGGCUGCUUUUUCGCUGCAGAGGUUUUGGCAGUGUUCCCAGAAGGUUUAAUAAGUGUAAUGGUGAAACUGGCACUCACACCGGUGUCCUGUUGUUACUUUUCAUUAACAAAUGUUGCACGUUUAAAUCAGUCGGCGGACUCUUCGAGGACACUUUUUUGAUUGGUCUGAGACUUGGGCAGCUGAGGUGAUAUGAGCAAAUGAUGCUGUUUUGUAAAGUUGAAGUACAGACUAUUAAUAAUGGGUGUAGCCCCUGUGGUGUCUCUUUUUGUCCGUUUUAGGCGUUGACUUUUUUCAUUUGGCUGCCACUGUGUUGGUUUUCUGGAGCCAGCAGUGAACACACUGAGACCGAAGAAUGACUCUGGAGAAGAAUGUUUGGUACAUGCCAAGUUAUCAAAGCUAAACAGUCUGCCUAAUCCUUCACUGACGAAUAUUCUGGUGUAGUGUUGGGCGGUAUGAACAAAAUCUUAUAUUAAGGUGUGAGUAUUUUGAUAUCACGGUGCAGCAGGUGCGUCACCCAUCUUUUGGCUCUCAAAAUAGAUCUUGGCGUGUUUCAUCUUUAGGUGGUGGAAGAGGUUUCUGGUGUUUCCUCCUCCAGCAACAACAGCCACACCACACUCUUUGCAUAGUAUUGUUUUUUUGAUCAUUGUCCAUUUUCUAAAUCUGAAGAAUCUCCAAACAACCGAUGUCGCGACUCGCACCCUUUUUUGGAACAAGUUCCUCCUCCUCUUCCUGGUGUUGGGUGGGUCAGGCUGCCUCCGUUUGCUCGGUACUGCCACUUAUCUCCGUGUCCACCAUGACCACCACCAGGGAAGCUGUUUCUUCAUAGUCAAAACUAUGCCAAGCAGUCUGCUGGACACGCUGGUGAUUAUCGGGAGCGCACCUAAACCUGACCAAUCAAAUGAGCAAACAAACUCCGCACGACACGCUGGUGAAUAUAUGGAAAUGCACCCAAAAGGACGCACUCCGGCUUUCCUGUUAGCGAGCGUAGACAACUCCACACUGACUCAGAGAGAUGCAGCAGAUAUCUGCUCUCUCUCUCUCUCUCCAGUAUAAACGGUAGAGCAACAUUUCUACGGUAGACACUUUUAUACCGUCACACAGUUUACACCGUCUUACCGCCCAACUCUAUUCUGGUGGCCUGAUUGAGGUUUUUCUUCUGGUUGUUGCUGAUUAUUGUUGUUUAUUUUGUUGCCUAUAAGAACAAGGAGCUUUCAGCUCAUCAGGGCCCCCCGGCGUGAUGAGGGCUCCACAGAGAUAGCGCCCCCAUCACGCCUACAGAUGAGCUAACAUCUGCCAUCAGUGUUUACUGCAGUUAUCUCUGCUCUGUUGCUCCACUUUGGGUUUAUAGGGAUGGAUUCAAAGUCAAUAUGAUUUAUUUUUCUGUUGUUUAGACCCAGUGGAAAACACGUCUACUCCUCUUCAGCGUGAGUUGUUUAAUUUCGUAUGCCAUGUAAGAUGAGUUAAACCUUUACCUGCCUAUGGAUCCAGUAUAAACAGGGCAAGAUUUCCACAAACCCAGAAACAUGACUCACAGAUGCUAAAACAGUUGUAAGAUUCAGCAUGUGCGUUAUUGUUUUGCAGAAAGUGUUUUCUGUGGCACCCAGCUGUCUCUCAAAGCACUUAAUAAUGCAUAAAUGAAAAGCUCGAUUUACUUUUACGGAGAGGGCUCAUAUAUGUGUCCUUUACUCAUGAAAGUAAUAUUUUCAAACACUGAAAACAAAGCGUCCUUCCUCCACCGCUGUACGUCUCACACUUCCUUUCUAAUCUCGCCAAUCUGCUCUGAUGAAGUCGUCGGUCUCUGUGCUCGGGCGAGGUCAUGCCUCAUCUUUAAGUUUCCAACCAUCUUGCACAAACUCUCUUCAAAACAUCCCGCAAUCUUCAAUGUAGUCCUCUUUGUUGUCUUUUGCCGCUCUGGCUCAAAUUGUUGGCCAUACAUGUCCCAAUACUGAUAUCCACCAUUUCUUGUGGUACUGCAGUGUUUGUCCCAUAAGCUUCCAGCAGAAAUACAGGGGAAAAGAGCGCAGAGUAAAAGCAGAGGGCUCCGAGGCACAGAUAGAGCCUUUAGUGUCCAACACAAACGUAUGUAUUUCUUUACAGAUGAGCAGAAACCUGUAGCUGUAGAGUGAUAGAGAAACUCUGCUGUGGAAAAUGUGAAUAAGAUUCACAAGUGUAACAGCUGGAAAAUGUACAUUAUUUUAAUCUUACAGCUAACGUAAACAUUUGAAUUGAAGGAAACAGCCUGUAAGCUAAUUUAGCAGCCUGUUUGCUAAGCUAUAAGCUAACAUAAGGUUUCUCUGAGAUUCAUGUUAAAAGUCCAUGUUGGGAUUCACCAAAAAUAAACAACAUACCUUCAUUGACUCACUCCAAAACUGCACUAACUUAAUGAGCUCAUGGAGCCACAGCAUCUAUGGAAGAAAACAAACAUUUGUAAAUACACCGGCAUGAUGAGAACAAACUAUUGUAACAAACACCAUUCCUGAGAAAGAUUUAUUUGGCUUGUGCUCAGAUUUAUAGUUUUACUUACAUUUUAUUUGUCAUGGAGGAGGUUGAUGACUAACACUGCAGCUAUAAAGGAGUUCACGUUAACUCUUUUUGCUUUCCAGUCAGUAUAGACUAAUGGGAUCUGUAUUCAUACACGGUCUAUGUGAUUAAUGCACUUUUGGAGCCACCCUCUAGUGGCCACUUGCUGAAAUGCAGUUUUGGGUACUCUCACCACUGCUCAGCUUCUACUUGAGAUGUUUUUUUUAUUCAUCUGUUGUUAAAAUCCAAACAAUUUAAGAGGAUUAUGUUUUUGUAUGCAGCACACUGCCUCACAAUUACUUAAAACACACACACACACACACACACACACACACACACACACACACACACACACACACACGAAAACACAUACACACAGUAUUUUUCAAAGCAGAGUGGAUUUCCCUGGAGGAGCCUGCAGUGGCAGUGUGAGACAGCUCUCCACUGCUGCCCAGUAUAGAAAGCGAGGUCGUCUAUUGAUUUCAGAUGGCAGAAUGAGACUUCAUUAAGUCAAUUUAAUUAAAUCUGAGAAGCUUCAUCGUUGAGUGGAAAGAACAGGAGCAAAUUUUCAGCCUUUAUUUUCUCCAGUUUCUGAGUGUUUGUUUCAUUUAGGAGUUUAAUUUUUUGGACAUUUUUAUUUCGAGGUAAUACUGAAGCUCAUAAAACAUGAAUAAAUGUGAGAUAUUAAGCUGCCUGUACCAUCAGCAGGCGCCGUCAUGUUAGAUUUGAUGUCUUUCUGCAACAUACAGACUGACUCCCUCUUGACUUUUACAUUUUAUGUUUAAUUAGCAGACUCUAUAAUCUCCUUAAUGAGGCGGCGGCAGCAGAGAUCUGUCACUCCUGCGGCUUAUCCCACCUUCUGCUCUCUGUUCAAUAAUUCAGGAGUUACAUGUUCGAUGACUGUAAACAAGAAAGAGAGGAAACAGUUUCCUCGUUAUGUUGCUGCUGCUGCUGCUGUAUCUGCCCGAGCUUCACAUCAACUGCUGCUGUGAGGAGGAAAAAAAAAGAAAAAACAACUUCCCAUCUGUGUUCUGACUCUAUACUGCAGCAAAACCAGCCCGAGCAGACCGGUAACACCCCCUCACCCAUCCUCCCCUCUCCUCCUCCUCCUCCUCCUCCUCCUCCUCCUCCCUCCUUCUAUCCUCCCUGGUCCUCACACCUCACUGCACACUCAGGUUCCUGCAGAGUUCCUGCAGCAGAGAGGCACAGGAACUAAAGCCGAGCUCUGUGAGAGCCACUGCAGCCUGCUGGUUACCGUCUUCUUCUUCUUCUUCUUCACCUCUCCACUCAUUGAUUCCUCCGGCUUUCGAGCCACCCUCCCUCUCCUCCUCCCUCUCUUCCUCCUUUCUCCUCCUGCGCCUAAUUCUCAAGGCUCAGCACUCCCCGUCUCCCUGUACUGAGGGGAAAAGUGAUAGAGCAAGAAGGAAAAGAGGAGGAGCGGCGUUGUUAGUGCGCCACAGAAAAGCUGCCCCCCUCCCUCCCUCCCUCCCUCCAGUACCCAAUUGAUGACAAGGAGGGUUUUUAUUGAGUCACUCCUCAGCCAAUGAGCGAACAUUGCCGGGAAAUACAGCAGAGGAACCGCACCGGCUCUGCUGCUUGUGCUGAUUUCACUGUGUGAGAAUAAUGUUCAUCUGUGUGUGAGUGUUUCUGUCAUCUGAGCACACCUCUGCAGCAUCAGGGAAAGUCUGCUUUGCUCCGUGGACAGGUGAAACUGGGACCUAGACCAGCAGCACUGCUGGUUUUGAGAUGUCUUUGAAAAGUGGGAUGAACCAAAGUGCAGAUUUUUAAAACCUUUUUCUUCUUCUUCUCUUCUCCCCGAGGCUCUUCCCCCCCGUGUCCACUCCUCACUCCUCGCUCAGGAGGCGGCGCAUCUCCGUCCAAGGUAAGCAGCAUUUCCUCCUCUUCUUCAUCAGUUAAUGGGUCUGUUCUGUGUGCCGGGUUGUCACAGAGGCACCUAGCCUCAUUACGCUGUUCUGUCUGAAUGAGAGGAGAGGAGCGAGAAAAAAAGCUCUGCAGAGAGAGGGAAAGAGAGGAGAACUGGCUCAGGGGUAAUUAGAGCAGACGCUGUUAGCCGGUCGCCUCUUAUUUUAACGCAGAGAGUCUUAAAGUCGAAGCAAAUCUGAACUUUUACCACAUGCAGGUGAGUCCUCAUGGCUGGUGCGUAGUGCUGCAGUAUAAUGUUACAUAUACAAACGUGUGUGUGAUGGUGAAACCUGAGAACGGGGUUUCUUCCACUGUAGACAAAACAAUGAAGCUCAAUGGGUUGAUUUCUUUUAACAUAAAUAAGAGGAAACUGAUUAAAAGUGAAAGAUCUUUGUUUGUUUUCUCAUGAACAAGAACAGAAACAAAGACUUUGAUGUAGAAAGGAAAACGUUUUUCUCUUCUGUCCAUCAGUGUUUCCUCUCCGGGGCUUUUUCCUUCAGUGUGUCAGUCUUCAAAUGGAUGAUGAGAGUCAGCUCACUGUGAUACAGUAAAAGCUCUGAGGGAAUGACUGAGUGCGUGUGUGUGUAUGUGUGUGUGUGCAAAGUCAAAUCUGCUGAGCUAGCAGGAGUGAAGGGUCCACGUAAGAGUCUGCAGAGCUGACUGUAUCGGUGGGAAACUGUGUCGCCUUAAUGGAGGUGAAACCAAUAAACAUCAAACACCGUUAAAACCCUUUUCUUCGUAGCAUUUCAGUGACAAACUCCCUCAGCGGGCCGUAGUGGAGGGUGUUAGUCUCAAUAAGCUGCAUUUUAAUGUUGCGCAUUGGCCUCUCAUGGGCACUGAUUACACUUUAGCGUAAAUACAGCCCCCCUCUAAAGCUUCUACUCAUUUUUCUUUGUUUCCCAAAUAAAAAUGAGUCUAUUCUCUGUCCCAUUCAUCAAAAUUGUUGUUUCGUCUUCACUCUGCUGCUGUAUGUUCCCAUCCUGAUUAUAAUGCAGUUCAGGUGACGCGCCGAGUUCCUCAGUCCCUCGGGAUCUUUUGAGUACAUGACGGGGACACUCCAGAGAGUGUGUGUGAGCCAAAUGAGGACUUCCUUUUGGCAUCAGCAGAGGUGAACUGAGGGGUGUGUGUAGCUGCAGUAUGUCGGUACUUCACACACGUAUACACUCACACUGACUCAUGCAGCUCCUCAGUCCCACAUAGUGCUGUAUGUACCUGCUGUGGUGCAUUUUGUGCUGCAUUAGAAGUCAAACAGGUCUGAAGUACCAGGAUUUUCUAUAAUACACAGUCCAGGUCCUGUUUAGAUGUGAAACUGCACCACAGAUGGUCAACCUUUAAGAUUAUAACUUUAAUAUUCACCUGAAAUGUCAUUUCCAUUGUCUCUAAUGAAUGAUAACUAAAGAGGGCAAACAGAUAAACAGGUUUGUCUGUAAGAAUAACUGAAUUUCAGGGUUUAACGCGGUCAGAUGGAGCAGUUUAAAACCACAUUCAUGAUUCUUUCUCUCUCAUCAUCUGAAGUUUGUGUUUUCCUGCUGAAUCUGCUGAGACGCUCUGAGAGGAUAAAUCAUACUGCACAGUGUUGCAGUCUGUGUUUGGAGUGUUGUGAUGAAGUCAGCAAAACAUUUUUUUAGAUGAGACGUACAAUAGUUUGUUCCAGUGUCAGAUUUAUAGACCUGGAGUCUUUAUUUGUGUAUUUGCAGCGCUGUGAGUGGAGGGCAGGUGAAGAUACUGGGUCAUCCUCCCUAUAAUGUUGAUCUGUACUUCAGUACAUGCAUUUAAUACGACAAUGUUGGGCAUAUUUAUAAACUGCUGCAAAGUCUCAUAACAUGAGAUACUUGGAUGGCGAUGUAGCUACCUGAUCCGUCCCGGAAACCCGAUUUGUAUGUGCGAAACGUACGUCACUUCCUCUACUAGCCAUCUUUGCGACAGCUUGGACAUUUGUUUGACAGCUUCGGCAUCAGCGAGCUCGCUACUGUCAGAAUCGACACUUCAGUUUAUCACCAGCAACACAGUUUUCCCCAGAACAGAGUACUUCCCCCGACUGAAGCAGAGCGCCAGAAAGUCAAGAGAAUGGCGCCCAGUUUUACGAUCAAAGGUUCCUACUACAGCUUGAUUGUAAAAUUGCAACGUAGUUGGAGAACGCUUGAUUGAAUGUGAAUAUUUCAUUGCUGUAUAAAAACAUUGUCCAUAGUAUGUAGGCUUAUGAUAAUUAAUUUAAUUUAUAAAAUAAAUAAAAUAAAUCCCCCCUUGAUACUUUGCAAAGUCAGAGAACCACAAUUUUGACCAGGUGGUGGCGCUCUCUGUGGCCCAAAAGGUCUUACUGUGCUGGGCAGGAACUCUGGCGAAUGCCCUGGCAUUAGCUCUGUAGCCUCCUGUUAGCUAGCCUGUCACAUCACCAGCCGGUUUCUGAAAUCGAUCGGUAGUUUAAAUAAAUUUUCUGAGGUGACGUAAAUUUGCACCUGUGCAGUACGGAUAGGGUAGGUAGCAAUACUAACGACUUACUGACGUAAAAUGCAUUGAAAUACGAGGAGAAGAAGUGAUAUACACUCACCGGCCACUUUAUUAGGUACACCUGUCCAACUGCUCGUUAACACUUAAUUUCUAAUCAGCCAAUCACAUGGCGGCAACUUAGUGCAUUUAGGCAUGUAGACAUGGUCAAGACAAUCUCCUGCAGUUCAAACCGAGCAUCAGUAUGGGGAAGAAAGGUGAUUUGAGUGACUUUGAACGUGGCAUGGUUGUUGGUGCCAGAAGGGCUGGUCUGAGUAUUUCAGAAACUGCUGAUCUACUGGGAUUUUCACGCACAACCAUCUCUAGGGUUUACAGAUAAUGGUCCGAAAAAGAAAAAAUAUCCAGUGAGCGGCAGUUCUGUGGGCGGAAAUGCCUUGUUGAUGCCAGAGGUCAGAGGAGAAUGGCCAGACUGGUUCGAGCUGAUAGAAAGGCAACAGUGACUCAAAUAACCACCCGUUACAACCAAGGUAGGCAGAAGAGCAUCUCUGAACGCACAGUACGUCGAACUUUGAGGCAGAUGGGCUACAGCAGCAGAAGAACACGCCGGGUGCCACUCCUUUCAGCUAAGAACAGGAAACUGAGGCUACAAUUUGCACAAGCUCAUCGAAAUUGGACAAUAGAAGAUUGGAAAAACGUUGCCUGGUCUGAUGAGUCUCGAUUUCUGCUGCGACAUUCAGAUGGUAGGGUCAGAAUUUGGCGUCAACAACAUGAAAGCAUGGAUCCAUCCUGCCUUGUAUCAACGGUUCAGGCUGGUGGUGGUGGUGUCAUGGUGUGGGGAAUAUUUUCUUGGCACUCUUUGGGCCCCUUGGUACCAAUUGAGCAUCGUUGCAACGCCACAGCCUACCUGAGUAUUGUUGCUGACCAUGUCCAUCCCUUUAUGACCACAAUGUACCCAACUUCUGAUGGCUACUUUCAGCAGGAUAAUGCGCCAUGUCAUAAAGCUGGAAUCAUCUCAGACUGGUUUCUUGAACAUGACAAUGAGUUCACUGUACUCAAAUGGCCUCCACAGUCACCAGAUCUCAAUCCAAUAGAGCAUCUUUGGGAUGUGGUGGAACGGGAGAUUCGCAUCAUGGAUGUGCAGCCGACAAAUCUGCGGCAACUGUGUGAUGCCAUCAUGUCAAUAUGGACCAAGCUCUCUGAGGAAUGCUUCCAGGACCUUGUUGAAUCUAUGCCACGAAGAAUUGAGGCAGUUCUGAAGGCAAAAGGGGGUCCAACCCGUUACUAGCAUGGUGUACCUAAUAAAGUGGCCGGUGAGUGUAUGUUUCGCACAUGUGCGGUACAAAUCGGGUUCCUGGGACGGAUCGGGCAGCGACAGGCGGCGUAAUCCCUGUGUGUUUUCCUGGCUCUUUUAGCCGCUUGUUUUAAGGUUGUGCUGCCUGCUGCCCACCCAGGAGCUGUGACGUCCAGUUUUUACUGCACUUUGUCGAUUCAGUAAAUAUGUCGCUCAUAAGUUUUAGUUGUGAAGAAAAGUCACAUCCGUAUUCUUUUCCUAAAAGUGGAGACCGGGAUUGAGAGAUGACCAGUCCAAGUGAGAACUCAACAAGAGCAAAAUGACGUCGGUUAUUGUUGUAAAUUUCAGUAUCGGUAAAUUUUCGGUUUAUCGCCCAGCCCUAAGAACAAGGAUUUAUCCAGAGAAAAGAACUUCUGGUUAACAUGGCUUUCCAAGAUUGAUUUACUUUGAUGAUUAUGUUGUGAUUUUUUUGCUUACAUCACAGGUGUGUACGCUCUGUCAUGAAAGGGUUGAUUUUUUUCUCGUGUUAAAGUUUGUUUGAUUGAUCGAAGUGAACAGCUAACGUCCUGAGUCUGUUCAAGGUGUUUUAUUUUGAAAGUUCUUGGAUGGUAUCUGCCAUCCCCGUGUCUAACUUCCUGUCCAGAUCAAUCGGCUCCGUUCAGCUUGACUCAUGCUGGAUAUGCUUGAAAAUAGACUUGGCGUGUAUUUUUAGUGGAGCAGAGCCGAGACUCUUCUGGCGUGCGUCAUGGAGCUUCCUGUGGAAAUGGAAGCAUUGACUGGCUGCGGGUCAGCGCUCGUGGGUUCAGUUCAGCUCUGGGGGGGCAGCACAGGUGGAUACUGAGGAACUAAAGGGGUUGGCCUUUUAAACCUUAACCAAUCAGGUCAGCCCCUGUUUACAGACCAUCCUUAUGAAUUAGCCUCAGGUAUAGACUAUUCAACCGCUGCAGUGAAGGCCGCAACGCCAAGCUCGAGGCUUCGAGAGGUCAAUCUGUAAAUCAAUGUGUGAUGUUACAGUGGCCUCUCUGCUCUUACUAUAGUCCUGAACACGGCCUUUCUUUUCCAUCAAUAUUGUUAUUGACUGUUAAAAGCCUCCUGAAUCUAUCAGUGUUUUUAAAGUAAAGAUCUACAAGUGUUUGAAAUCUGAGAACAGUCACAGGUGUAAGACUGACGUUAACCGAUCGUCUUCUUCCAAAGACUGAAGCAGAACAGAAAGUUUAGUUUCUGCAUCUUCAUGAGGAGUUGAAAUUAAAUCAAGUUUGUCUUCUUUAGUUUCAGUCUGAGCAAACAGCAAAGACGUGUGUGGAUUUAUCCCUCUUCAGGUUUUCUACAUUCAAGCUCAAACUCAGAUUUCUCACCAGCAGGAAACUCUCAUUCAAGCUUCAUUUACGCAUGUCUGACCGUCUUUAAAUAUUUCAUAGACAGUUCCUGCAGUCGUACGGAGGCGUCUUUGAGCUCCUCUUAAGUUUCCACAUUACACCCGCCCCCCCGAGGAGAGGUGAGCCCGCCUGAAGGACUUCUGCUGCUUGAUGGUUCAUGAAAUGGGAUUGUGUGGUGUAGCCUAUAAUCUCAUCCUGACUAAACUGAGCUCUUCUUUCACAGGCUGUCAGGUGCAUCAAUGAACACAGAGCCCACCGUUGAUGUUUUUCAAUUUGUGCUCGACGCCCACAAACGCUACAGUGUACGCAGUGAUCCCGGCCCACAUAAUGACCCUCCUGAUGUGUUUGUGUUGAGAGACGUUUUGACAUCUAUCACAGGGAUGUCAGGGGAGAUGUUUUGAGGUCUUCAGAGCCUCCCUGUGAAAGUUGCUGAGCUGAUGUCUCUGCCUGUGCUGCAGUGCGUUUUCUGUUAGACGAGUGCCGUCAGCACUACACAUCUCUGCCGGAGGGCACACUAGAUUUGUUUAACCUGUCUGUAAGAGAGGAAUCUGAGAAACCGGACCUUUAGCCCUUUUUGCUUCAACUGUAAUCAAUCUGCUGUCAAAUGUUGGCAAAGACCGAGCGUUUAGUGGAUGAUUUAUAGAGAUGAUUAAAACAGACGUUGAUGCUAAACCUUCAGAGGCUUUCUGUGGAGAGAGAGGAGGGAGAUUCAGCUCAAACGCAGGGGCGGAUCCAGAGAGGUUGCAAAGGGUGGCAGCCCCUCAUCCCCUCUUGAAACAUGAUUGGCCACCCCAGGUGCCACCUCAAAAUCUAUAGCUGUGAUUGGCUGUUUUUCUUGUCAGAGGCAGAACAUUUUUGUGGUGAUGUAAAAAAAUCUACAACACAUACCUUUAACUUAAACUCCUGUGCGAUAACACAGGAGUGUUCGCACCCAAGUGGAGCCACAAGAAAAUAUAUAUAUGUGUUUAUAUUUGUUUUCUGUUUUGUUUUGUUUUGUGUCAUUUUUUGGCAUUUGUUAACUUUAAUGGGAAGGACAGACAUGAAAUGGGGGCGAUAAAGAGAGGGGAGAAGACAGGCAGCAUAUGGUCGGGGCCAAACUCGAGCCCACGAGUGCUGUGAGGACCAUAGUCCCUGUACAUGGAACACGCUAACCUGCUAGGCUAUCUGCGUGCCCCAGAAAAAUGUAUUUUUGACAGAAAGUGCAGGAUUUUUUUGCAGCUUUUAAAUAACUGAUUCUGUCUCACUGAAUAGAUGAGGAAGUUGUUUUUUUAAAGCUCCUGUGAGGAGCUUUCUGCUUGUGUCAAUUUUGGCGCCCCCUUGUUGACAAAGUUGUCUUUGCCCAUGCCUAAGUCGUGACUUUUGACCCUGAAAAAGGGACAUUUUUUCAUCAGUAGUAAAUCAUAAAAGCAGGACUGUUUCUUCAGCUGCUCGGCUGUCACUUACCCCCUCCUGCAGUUGUUUCAGCCAUUAAAAAUUAAGAUACAAAGACCUUUAAUCCUGUCACUGUAGGUCCUUUUGGCUUUUGGAGAUCAUGAAAAAGCAUCUGUAUCAGUUUAGGUCUAUUUUAUGAACAUUAAAAAACUUCUCAUAGUAGCUUUAAAUUUACAGUAACUUCACAUGAGUUACAUCUAAGUGCAGGGAAAGCCACUCAGUCCCAUUAAGCAAUUUUAACAACAGUCCUAUAUAGGGCUGGGCGAUGUGGGCUAAAAAUAAAAUCGGACUUUUUCUUUUCUUUCUUUAAAAAAAAAAAAAAAAUAGAUUCAUGUUUUUAUUGAUUUGUUUCUCCUCCAAAUCAAACAUGACUCCAAACACUGUGGCUUGUUUAAGGUCUGACACCACAAAAACAGAACAUUUCUAUAUGACGUAUUUUUGGGGGACGAAUAGACUCUUCACUUACGCCUCAGCAGCCACGUUGUUGUUGGCAGGAUCCCCGGGCGAGCAAGAAAGAAAACCCCAUAAUGGAUUUAAUGGAUUUAUCACACAGCCCUAGUCGGGGUUGGCCCCCUUGACCACCCUUCUGGACACGCCCAUGCUCCUGCAGUAAGACUGUAUUCACUCCUGCAGGAGGUGAACAGUGAAGCACAAGGAGUAAUGCCAGCUUUAAAGGAUAGUAAAGGAGCGAGAAUAGAUUUAAAGAGACCGAGCUCUGCAGCAGUUUAUUGAUCAAUUGAUUUGUACAUCUGAGGAAAUGAACUCAGACUUUUAUGAUCACUUAUCAAUUAGACUGAAAACCACAAACAUCAAAUGGUUAUCACUCUCUUUAAACUGUUUUUUUCAGUUUCUUUAUUGAGUAUCAAAGAGAAAAAGACGACAUUUGCAAAACCUCACUUCUGACUUUGAGUAUAAAUAUAUAUUUUUAAAAAUUUUUAGUCGAUUCAUGGACCUGAGGUUUGACCAGUUUAUCAAGAAAACAAUCAGCAGAUUCAUUGAUCCUAACAAUGAUUGCUAUUUAAGUUCUGUUGAGGUGAUAUUUGUAUUUAUUGAUUUUUUUUAACAAUUGAACGUCAAUAUCAGCACUAAUCAAUAUUUGUACCAACAAUGAGAUCUAUCUGAGAUGUUCAAACCCUAGUGUUCAUCAUCUUGCCUCUCCAGAGUGUGUGUGUGUGUGUGUGUGUGUGUGUGUGUGUGUGUGUGUGUGUGUGUGUGUGUGUGUGUGUGUGUGAGCAGGAUCAACAGUGUGUUGGUUUUUCUUCAUGCUCCAUAACUUUGCUGUGUUGAUUCACUCUAAUCACACUUUAUCAUCAGCGUCUCCACACAGCAGCAGGAGGAAGAAGCUCUGAUAAAUCUACUGUACUCUGUAGACAGAUAAAGUAUGCAUAACAUUAUCACACAUUAUAUGAAUAAUUUAUGUGCUUCCAUUAUUAAGAUAACAUUAUACUAUUUAUCUGUAGAGCAAUGCCAGCUGUUCACUUCAGUCAAGACUACAGUACGCAGAUACGUGUCUGUGACUGUUUGAGCAUAAACCUCUGCAGAGGAUCAAUACUUUUCAGCAAAUUGAUCUGAGAGCUUCACGACUGAAUUAAUGUUUUUUAAAAACUGCAAUAAGCAUCAACAGUCAGGAGCUUAGUUUGUAUUCUGUAUGUGUGCUUCUGUCCAUAUGCUGUGAGCCUUAUUAGCUUAAAUCUAAAUACCAGGAGGAUAAGAGAGCAUGAUCAGAUUUCAUGUUUGGUAUAAAUUAAAUUCACAGCAGCAUAAUCAGUCUUUGGGGUCUUCUGUUGUUCACUGCUGGGAGAGGAAGUAUUGAUUUCUUUAAAGCACAGCAGCUAUGCAAAUGUAAUCAAGAAAUGUAAUUUAAAUACAGACACAUUAGUCUGAUUUACGUUUAUUUAAGAUAAACUUAAAGAAAUACAGUUUAAGAUGACUUUUCACUUUUGUAUCCUGAUGAACCUUUUAUUGAUUUACAGCCAUAAAUGUCUGUUAGUAACUUAAACUGAACUAACUGCUUGUUCUGUUGCUAUCACCAAAGAAUGAGUGAGGAUUAAUACUUGGUUAAUACUAAAGAGGAAACCUUGAGUUAGUUAUAGUGAUUUAAGCUCUUUUGAGUAAGUUAUGCUUUUGAGUUAGUUAAGGUAAUUUAUGCUCUUUGAUUUAGAUAUGGUAAUUUGGGCUCCCUUUAGUUAGUUCUGGUUAUUUAAGCUCUUUUUAGGUAGUUCUGGUGACUUAAGCUCUUAUGAGUUAGUCAUGGUGAUUUAAGGUCUUUUGAAUCAGUUAUGGUAUUUUAAUCUCUUUUUAAUGUGGUAUAGUGAUUUAAGCUCUUUUGGGUUAGUUAUGGUGAUUUAAGCUCUUUUAAGUUCAUGACGGUGAUUUAAGCUCCCUUGAGUUAGUUACGGUAAUUUAACCUUUUUUGAAUUAGUUGGUGGUUUAUGCUCCCGUAAGUUAGCACAAUGUCAUUAAAACAUUGAAUAUAUGUUUGUUAUUGUCACCAAUGUAUCAUGAAUGGCGUUUGAAGUCAUGCACUGAAAUAGUAGAUUGACAUUUAACAGACACAGUCAGACACAUGUAUCAUCAGCAUAUGGAGGGUCCUGUGUUUGUAGAGGAAGGGUCUUUAAUUGAAAUGAACAGUAUUGGAUGACAGACUUCACAGCUGCUUUUUUACAUGCCUAGUUACCACAUGUUUCAAUCGUGUGUUGGCUUUUAAUUCACAAACCUACACUAAGAGACACAAAGGGAAAGUUUUUAACAAAGGGGCAUCCUUAAUAAUAUAAAUGGUGUUUGAACGUUGAGGCAGUUAGCUACCAGGAAAAUCUGUUUACAUUUUAAAGUUUCAAAAGUAGUCAGAUCAUUUAAGUUGAAUUAAGUAAAAACAGGAUUUCCUUCUGAAAUGUAGUGCACAAAGAAAAUUCUAAUUGUAUCAGUGUAAACAGCAAAGGAAAGAAGAAAAACGAUUUUACUCCGUACUCAUUAUCGUGCCCUCUUGAUGUUGUCUCUAGUUAAGUGAAUUCACAAAUACAGGAGUUUGUACUCUGUAGAGGUGACUUUUGGUCAUACAUGCUGCAGUGUUCAUGAAAUCUCCCAGAAGUAUGCAGAGCCACUUUAUUUAUAAUAGUAACCUCUAUAGGAUAAAGACUGAGCAUAUAGUGCCCUCAGAUGGUCAUUGUGAGUCCUGCACCCUGAGAUAAAAGGAUGCAGAGGUUUAAGGAUCAGGCAUUUCAACAUUAACAUAAAAUAUAAUCAGUAUUUUGAGCUGAAGUUUAAAGAAAGUGAAGUAUAAAGUGAUUUACUGUCUAAAAUGACAGAAACAUGAGUGUUUUUUACUGCUUUCCUGGAGCUUUUUAAAGCAGCAGAGACGUUUUCUAGGAUGUGCUGAUGGAGGGUUUUUGUUAAUGAUGCCAAUUCGUCUUCUCCUCUCCCUGCACCAAACCCUGACACAUUUGGAAAUGAGCUGAAGCAGACAGCUGAAGAUGCUACAUGUGUUUCUGUUAUUCAUCGCUGACCUCUGAACCACAGACACUUUAAAUUAUACAGCCUCUGAGUUUUUAUCCACUUUAGUUUAUGUCUGUUUUAAUGGGGGGGGUUGAAGACGGUAAGGAAGUGACUGCUCCCUGUUUAAUUAGCCAGCCUCUUCAAUAAGAUCGGAUAGUUUUGAGGCCGGAGGAAAAAAAGAGAAAUAUAGGAAGUCGUUUCAAACAGAUCCGAUAAUUAUUCAGUGAACUCGCGUCCCUUCUGGCUCCUCUUUACUCUGUGUUUCUCCGCCAUGUUGCCCCAGAUCAGUGCAGCAAGGCACCACAUCUGUCUCAGUUAGGGGGGAUGCAUUUCCUCCUCCUUCCUCCUCUGUGUUUCUAAAUGUCAGUUAAGUUAGUUUUAGGUAGGAUAUAUUUUCCUGUAAAUAAGGCGGUGAAGUUAGUUUUAGGUUGGAUAUAUUCUCCUGUAAAUACGGCGGUGAAGUUAGUUUUAGGUUGGAUAUAUUUUCCUGUAAAUACGGCGGUGAAGUUAGUUUUAGGUUGGAUAUAUUUUCCUGGAAAUACGGCGGUGAAGUUAGUUUUAGGUUGGAUAUCUGACGGACAUUCUCUGAGGAUCUACCGGUGUCUUCUCACUCUCCAUAACCGGGAAUAACAACAGCAGCGCGGUUAAAUCUACUCGACACCCUCACUGUCAACGUCGGUGUUGAAUAAGGGACCGUCAAUAAAUUACCGGUUGAUGUUCUCAGAAAAGGCUGUUUUCCUUUAAUGGCUUCCAUGUCAUGUGACCAAAAGACCUAAAAAUGAUUUCAAAUAAUAGUACUUAAGUCGACCAAUAAGACAAACAUUAUUUGAUCAAUUUUCAUUGUUCCCCUAAAGUUCUUUGUGUGCUCUUUCUAUUCUACUUAGGAGCACAUCUGCUCCUUGUUGAAAAAGUUAUCGCCCAGCCCUAAUCUCACCUGAUCAGCUCUAACCCCCAGACUGGACCACGACUAGUUACUAAAAACUACUUUGCAUCUUCUCUUAUAACUUGGACAUCUUCAAAUGAAAGUAUUUUUGUAUUCAAACACAGUUUUUUGAGUUUCAAUGGCAGCUCUCAAACUCGACUGUGAGGGAAGUGUUUACUUUCACUUCUCAUAUUUCCGAGCUAAAGCAGAGCGGCUUUUAUGUAUCUGUUAUGACAAGUAUGGACACAGGAUCACAGGCCGGUUUUAAUGGCUCAGAGAGGAAAGCACAGGUGUAAAUAAUUCAAUUAUGAUGGCUAAAUUUAAUUCUGCUGCCUCAGCUCGAGCUUUUGUGCAUGCUGACUCACUGUAACACUGUCAUGGUUUACAGGGACUCAGAAUUAGAUCAGAGCCAUCAUUUAAGUUACGUAAUACUCUGUUUUUUUCCAACAGUGCAAAGAAGAAAUGUUGUUGGUGAAGUUUAAGCCUAAGGUCUCAUGUUAUAAAUAUUAAUAGAUGAUAUAUCUUGCCCUCUGUGAAAUCUAGGGCAGUCCUGAUGUUGUUUUCAGCCUUUCAUCAGACAGAUCUCCUUAACUUUGUUUUCCUGUUUUUAUGCUUUCUUUAUUUUACAUAGUUAGAGGGAUUACAUCGGAGAAAAUGGAUUAGGAACUCUAAAACUGUCUCAGUUACACAGGAAAGAAUCUGAAUUUACUUUAGAUGUUUUUAUAGUCAGUGUUCAACAUGAGAUAAAAAGAUUCAGUUACACCUUUUAAAGUAGAAAACAUUUAACUCAAAAAACCGAUGAGCUGAUAUUUGUUACUCGCAUCAGAAUCUUCCUGUUCACCUCUUUUUUAUUAAACUAUGAGAUCUGUUCAGUCAGUACUGCCAACAUAAAACCAAGUUAUACUUUGAAUCGAGCUCUGUCCAUUUACAGCAAACACAUGAUGGUUUUAAUACACUUUUCAAAGGAGAAAGGUCAAAUGGAGGUGGUUAAUCCAGGUAAUUUGAUAGUUUUGUACCCUUCAACUACUACAGGAGGGUAUACCUUCAUCACUUCUGACUCAAAACAAAAACACAAGUCCUGAUCAAAGUUAACUACAAGUUUCUUUUAGUCUAGUUUUUUAGUCUUUUUCAGUAUUUUGGCCUUUGUUUAGAGCGGACAGAUUAGUGGAUUGUGCGUGAAGCAGAACGGGGAGAUGGACAACGGCAUGGCAGGAAAGGGUCCCAAGUUGGAAUUGAAUCUGGGCUGCCUGCAUUCAUGGGGUCCAUUUGGACUGCUAGGCCACUUCAGUAGGAUGCUCCUUAUGAAGAAUUGUGAUGAUUGACUGGUCACCAGCUCAGGUGUGGAGGUAGGGCUGCAUGGUUUUGGUUAAAAAAAGCACCAUUUACAGUCACCCGAAACGCCAUAUGACAAAAAACUUUAGCGUUUCCUCCUGAAUUUGUUUCCGUGGUGACGGGUUGAUCCCGCCUUCAGACAGACUUUACAGCGGGGAGUGGUUUACUCUUCAUCUGAAACUGUGAAGUCGUACCAAUUCAACACGACUGACUUGCUCUUGUCCUAUUUAACCACGAAAUUAUCACCUUCUUUAGCAAACGCCAUGUUUGUUUAUAUUGGUGUGUGUGGGAACUGCAGGACGGAGGAACAUACGGUGGCCAGUAGGUGCGAGACAUGAUAGAGAGGAAAAUGGAUUUGAGGAUCUACAUUUUUUUACAUCGUCAUAAAUAAUCCGUUUACAAUUUUAAAUCGAGUAAUUGUGCAGCCCUAUGUGGAGGCAAAACUGGCUUUCACUGGCAUAAGAAUUAAAUUUGACUUUAAAAUUUUGGAUCAUGUUGCCAAGUGGUUACAAACAUGAAGAAAAUAGCAGUGGAUCCAGAACUGAACCCUGAGGAACACCAUAAAGUAAACUCGCACAACUGUUGACACAGCCAAACGUCUGUUAGGCAGAUCAGACCUGAACCAGUUAUGAUAAUAAAUCAGUCAUACUAACCCGAUUCUUCAACAUACAGUGAGCUUCAGAACCAAGAACAGUAAGCGACAUAUUCAAGUAAUAGAUUUCCAGCUCAGCUUGGAGAUAGGUGUAUAUAUGUAGGGCAUAUUUGUCCACAUAAGCUAUGGAUUCAGCAUCUCUGACAGUUCUCUCUCUUUUUUGCUUUGUUCAAUAAAGACUUUUAGGUUAAAUCCUUCAAAUCUAUAAGAGUUAUUAUGAGCAGCUUUACUCUCAUAAUCCCGCUGACACUGACUGAUGUUGCAGCCCUCCUGUCCUUUACUCAGCAGACGGACUCUGAAGCAUCAUCACGGCAGUAACUCAGUUACAGAGAAAAGCUGCUGUCAAAGCACAAGAGUUUUUCUGUGACAGACAUCCACCCACUCUCAGCACCCACAGAAAUCCACCUGCUGUUUGCAGACACACUUCUACACAAUAAGAAACACACACAAAUACACCGUUUUUACCCUGUUGACCAACGACUACUUCCUCCAAGACACCCAAACACUGCAGAUGACGUCCAGAGCCAACAGUGGCCAUAUGGUGUUUUUUGUUUCCUGUUGUUGACGAUGCGGUAUAAUGGGCCGGGGUAGGACUGGUGCCCCAAAUGUGUAUGUAUGUGUGUGUGUGUGUGUGUGUGUUGUGGAGAGAGAGGGGAGGCAGGAAAUAAAAGACAAGAAAGGAGGAAGUUAAAGAAGAUAAAAGCAAAAAGGAGAGAAAGAAAUGAGGCAUGGGAGAAAAUGGAGGAAGAGUGUGUGUGUGUCUGACUGUCGGACAAACUGCCUUUAGCUUUGUGUUUCUCUGGUACACCCCUGCAUUGCAGCACUCCCCUGCAGGAGCUGAGUGAGUGCAGACUUAUCCACAUCCCCUCUGCCGCCUCACAGGAGACAAAUCAUCUCGAUCAAAGUGUCCCGGCACACUUUGGCACCAGCUGUUCUCUGCAUAUGUUUGUUAUCGAGGGCUUUGAUAGCCGCUUGUGUCGCUGUUAUUGGCGUCCCAGUGCAGCGCCGUCUUCGGGCCUGACUCAGCCGAAACUCAGGAGGGGAUGACGAGUGAAAAAAUAAGAGAGAGAGAGAUUUACUCAUUCACAGAUUUAGGGAAGAGUUGGAGAAUCCCACAAUGCACUGGGAGAUUAAGCAAACCAUUCUACAGCGCCGUUAGUGCUUUGGCUGCGUUUUGACCUUGCACAAAAGUCUGCCAGGCAGAAAAACUGCUGAGUCAUGAAGAAGUAAUGAUCCAUUGAAUCUAGUCAAAAGCAUUAGCUGAUUACAGCUGGUGACCACAUCCAGAAAAACAACAAAUAUUAACAGAACAGAAAGAUGUCUCAUUUAUAAAGGUAAACUAACAUGUUUCUGCUGGUUAUUGAUCAACAUUUCAAUCAAUAGUAAAUGGUAAAUUGAGGUUAUGCACCCUCUUGAAGCUCUUUUACUCUACCGCAUGUUUCACAUUCACUCAUUCACUCAUACUGUAAUGGCAGAGGCUGUAAUACAAAGUAAUGGGCUUCCCAGAUACACUGCUGACUGUGCCUUUAGAACCGUUCAGGACUGUGUGUCUAGUCUUCCAAGGACACUUUAAAUGAUCCAAAAGGCUCGGUCCAAACUGUGAAUCUGGACCCAAGUCUCUUGAUCAUUCAUGGUGGGUUUUGGGCGUAAAUCAGACCAAUCAGUGUGUCUGUCCUUCCUCUCUUUAAAGGGGUGUUGCUAUUUACACAGCCGAUUUCAACCGAAUAUGGAUCGGGCUCAACGUGGCAUGUCAAACUUCUCUCUCUCUACAUGCAGAAAACAGUUCAGUAUCUGUUGAUAUCUGGAAACACAGAUUAGUCAGUAUAUAGUUGAAGGUUGUAAAAGAAACACAACCCUUAUGUAUGGAUCAGAGGAUGCACACAGUGGAGUUGGUUAUAUCUUAGAUGUAGUUUUGGCCGUGUAGGACUGAGGAUAUGAGAAGAAAGCAGUUAAAGAUGUCAUGAUAAACAGGAAAUGGAAAAAUAUUCACAUCUACAAGAUCUCUAACCCCGGACAAAACUCAGCAAAUACCCGAGAUUCUAGCUGAUAGUGAGAAGAAGGCGAGGGAAAGCGUGUUGUCGACUCUAACCCCACGUUUUUACUCUUUCACUAAUGCACACUCAGGAAAGUAGUUCACCACAGACCACAUUCACUCACAGAUUUGCUCUUUCCCAGAUGCUUCUAUUGGUUGGUGAGUUUUGGAAGCUAAAGAGCAACAGAGACCUACACGAUGGUGACAGUUUUUACGUUCACACCUACAGGCCAUUUUAUUAGGUACACCUUCCUAAACCAGGUUUCAGAACAGCCUUAUUUCUGUGUGACGUACUUUCAACAAGGUGUUUGAAACCUUCCUCAGAGAUUAUUGUCCAUACAAACAGAUGUUCCUAAUAAAGUGGCCGGUGAGUGUGUUUCACAUAUAUUUGACUCUCUGUCUGUUGAGUUUGGCUCGUUGUCAACACCGUUUUUCCCCAAAUUCCAUUUUAUUUCUAUUUGAUUUAUAAUAGAUACUUAGCUUUUAAACUUUGCUCUGAAUCAGCGUUUUUGAAGAAUUAGAUCCCUGUUGUUGCCAAGUUUCUGUUUGUGACUUUGCAGAUUUACACUCAGGAUCAUAGUUAGCAUAUUGCUAAAUGCAAUCCUGUCUUUAGGACCUUAUACUAUUGACACAGCCCAAUGAAUGAGGGAGCUUUACAUGUAUACACUUCUUGGCAGAGUUGAAAUCCUUUUACUGCAAAAUGAUGUUUGCUCUUUGAAUCCUGUUUGAAUGCCUGUCUAGACUUAUUUGAUUUUUCAGCCUGUUUGUCACUCUGUGCCCACAGCUGAAAAGCCACCCAGAAUACAGAAAGAAAAGAGGCUAUAAAAGCGCAGAUUUGCCCAAGGUCAAACACUCAACACUUCUGAAUUUCACUAAUUAACACCAUUAACUUUGGGAAACCUCUGCGACCCUGACACUGCAGUUAUGACGACAGUGCACCGGCCCCGACAACAAACGCAGCCAUUAAUUUUUAAUGCAGAGUUCAUGUGAGGAAUAAACAAAGAGGGAAUCACAGGACGGGUUUAUUAGUGAGUGUAGGAGCUGCUUGGACAUGUUUACGUUUACAUCUUCUUAAUCGAUUUUCCUCAUGAAAACUGGAACUGUUGUUAUAUUUUCGUUUUAAGGUUUAGUCAGACAAGAUUAUGCUGAAACAGGACUGAGAUUAUUUCUCCCUCUGAUUGCACAUCCCACCUGGUUUACAUGAUUGGAAUUAGACGGAGAGUUGUGAAGCCUGGAAAUGUCCAGAGAGUUUGGGAAGGACUCCAUUUUUCUGUCUUUUAUAUGUUGUUUAGAAAAGUGUAGGGACUGAAGAUAAUAAUGAUGAUAAUUAUAAUGAUGAUGGUGAUGAUAAUAUUGAUGAUAGUGGUGAUAAUAAUGACAAUGAUGAAAAUGAUUCUAACAGUGAUAAUGAUGAUAAUGAUAAUCAUGAUGAUAGUGAUUAUAGUGAUGAUGAUAACGAUGACAAUGAUGAUUACUUGAAAAUGAUGUUGAUGAUGAUAGUGAUUAUAACAGUGAUAAUGAUGAUGAUGUUGAUGAUGAUAAUAAUGAUAAAGAUGAUAAUGAUAAUGGUGGUGAUGAUGAUAAUGAUAAUAAUAACGAGGAUAACGAUGACAACGGUGAUAAUGAUGAUAAUUAUAAUGAUGAUUAUAGUGAUGAUGAUGACAACGAUGAUGAUAUUGAUGAUAAUGGUGAUAAAUUAAUAAUAAUGACAAUGAUGAAAAUGAUUAUAACAAUGAUAAUGAUGGUAAUGUUGGUGAUGAUGAUGAUGAUAAAGAAGAUAAUGAUGAUGAUGAUGAUGAUGAUGAUGGUGAUAAUAAUUAUGAUAACGAUUAUAACAAUGAUAAUGGUGGUGGUGAUGAUAGCAGCCGUGUUGUCCUACAGACAGGAUAUUUCUGGGGGUUUUUCCACCCAUGCUGCAGUCAAUCAUACAACAGGAUACUGUGCAGUAAAGAUUUAAAUAAUAUGACCCUGUGAACAGCAUAGUGCCUCACAGAUACACCACUGUAUCCAUGUACAAAUAGAUGAAUAUCAGAACCAGACAGCUACUGCAGAAGAUAAAUAAUGAAUCAACAACAUCAAGGACCAACAAUCGCAGUCAAAAUGCAAAACAGCGCCACCCUCGCCUUCCGUAACUUGGCUUUUUGGCCUGUUUUGGACGAUAUAAAAGUUUAAUAGCUGCAAGAAUAAAUAAAUAUUUGAAUCUGUCGAGUCUAAACCUCCUUUCAGGAGGCAGCAGCUCAUAUUCCUCUACAUGAAAAAUAUCACUGAUAAUCUUCUCAGUGAUACGUCGUAAAGUAGCCUGUUCCUACUCUGCAUGGAUAAUUGCUCUUUAACACCUAUGACAGAAAAGCAGCAGAGCAGCUCUUCUCUGUGUGGAUGCAGUGAAAGCAAAGACAACAACAAGAGGGCGCUGUCAAUAAAUCUGUAUGAUAUACCACUAUACUACUACACCAUAGCUCUUAUGGAUCCACAGCUCAUGUUUACAACCUACAGUAUAGGCUGAUCUACUCGCUUGUUUCUGGCUGAAAUCUGUCUGAACUUAUCUCACCCUGGGCAAUAAAGUCAGAGGCAUUGAUAACAUAUUUUAAAUAAGUUUAUAAGAACUCAGAGUACCAUGGUAUUCAACCUUAACUUCAAAAAGUUUGGCCCCUGUGUAAAGUGUUGAUUAAAACAGAAUUUGAUGGUUUGCAAAUACGAUAUUUUUCACACUAUAAGGCGCAUUUAAAAUCCUUUUGGCUUGUCGGAGCACUGCAGCUACCAUAGCCUCGUAGAGUUAUUGACUGUUUUAUUUGGCUUUAGCGCUUUAUAAUCCGGUGUGCCUUAUGUAUGAAAAUCGAUGAGAAUAGACGUGUUUAUUGAUGGUGCGCCUUAUAAUCAGAUGCGCCUUAUAGUGCGAAAAAUACGGUAAUCUAAACCCAGUAACUAAUUGAAAAUAGUGCAAACUAAGUAUAUGAAAAGUUAAACCAAAUGUUUUAUUUUUUUUCUAUUCUAAAUUUGAUGCCAGAAGCCCCCUCCAAAAAUUUUGGGACAGACAACAGAACGCUGUUGUUUAGUUGUUUAAAGCUAAAAAAAAAAAAAUACUCCCUUUCUUCCAAUUUAUCAGAUUAAUUUAAAACAGAUUAUGUACAUAAGGUAAAUUAUUUCAGAGAAAGUGAGAUCCUCAGGAGUUCAGAGAAGAAGAGGUUUACUGAGUGAGUAAAUAGCUCAACAAUUUCAGAUGAAUGUUCCUCAUUAUAAUAUGACAUUUUCAUCAUCUAUAGUACGUUCUUUCAUUAAAAGAUUCAGAGAAGAGACCAGACUGAGAACCAACUUUGGAUGGCUGUGACCUUUGAACCCUCAGGCAGCAAAACAAGACAUGCCUUUGUAGUGGAAAUCACGUCAUUGGCUCUGAAUCACAUCUAAAAACACGUGACCAUGAAUGCUGUUUAUGAUGGAAGAAAACGUACUGGACUUUGUAAAAGGGAAACUCUGUUGACAUGAUCCAGAAGUGGCAGAGAGGAAAACUGACUUAAACAUGUUUGGAACUCAUGGACGCUGUUUCUUUUGAGGGACUUUUAUACUUUUUCCUAAAAAAUAUCUAAAAUUACAACCAGACAACUUCACCUCCUCGACCUCCUCUUGCUGGUUUUGUUCUCCCAUGUCCUCCAUCCUUCUCAGCCCCAGCCUGUGCUCAAUUACAUUUGAGUUUUGAGUCUGGUCAGUUGAUGGUAAGGUCAGCUAGCUCAUUACCAGAAUGAAAUACUGACGAAUCUGAUAAAGAAGCACCCACUUAGCAUUUCAGGAAAGUUAUACAUGGAAGGAAAUGAGAUAUUCCGCCUCAGUGAAGCAGAAGACCGGCAGCGUUGGAAAGUUUUGUAGAAAGUGUCAGGUGAAUUUGCGGGUUACAGACAGAUCUGAUCGCAGAUUCUGCUCCACUAAUUAAACUUUGGGAAAGACGUGGAAUACAAAUAUCGUCCUGCUUUACUCUGAACAUCUGGGCAGAAAAAAAGGGUAUUUCUGCUGUGUGAGAUCCCUGCCCCCUGCUGGUGGGAAGAGCUCAUUGCACUGUAACCUAAGGUAAGAGGAGCCACCUUACACUGGCCUCUGACAGCUGCUGGCUGAAAGGUAUUUCCCCAAGGAGAGAGAGAGAGAGAGAGAGAGAGAGAGAGAGAGACACACACAGGGGAGGAGGGAGAGAGUCAUUUGAGGAGAAAAUAGAGGAGUAGAUUGAAAUCUGGAAUUGAAGAUGUUUACAAAAUAACUCACAGGGGAGAUCUCCACAUGCAUUUGUUGAUUUGAAACCACUUCAUAAUGGUGAAUCAAUGUCACGCCGGGCUAAAGGAGAUUGGUGUUUUCAUCCAAGUCUGAACGUUGAAGCCCUCUGCUCUCAUUUACACGCAUGGAUUUCUCGGUCACACACGAGUCUUUAAAGCGUUGUAAUGGAUCCCUUCGUCUCUGCAGGGCGGCGUUUAUGUUUGUUUUGUAACUGGAGAUGAUACUCUGCAAUCUGCUCACUUCUAAUUAUCACUGACAACAAGACUCUCAGGGGAUCAUUAAAAAAAGGCCGACAGGUUGACCUGAUCCUUCACGGUGUCUGAAUGCCUCUAACUGUGAUGGCUCUCUGCGGACGUUUAUAUCGCACUUUUGAGAUCAAUAAUCGGCGAUCCCGUUAAUUGCAUGAGCUCAGUGUGAUGAUACUGUGUAAAGUCAGCACGCCCUGAAGAGAUCCCCACGCCCGCCUACGACCCACCUUUACCGUUCACCGGCUCUGAUCUUUGCUAACUGUGGUUUGAUUCAGACACGGCCCCUCCGCCCCCCCAGAGCGUGUGCAUAUUGAUCCUUUACAACUGCCCUCCAAUGCUGGACCAAAGAGUGGCGUGCUGCAAUCAGCUGUGUGAGCGGCAUCACAAAUAAGGUUGGAGGGGAGAGAGAGAGGAAGAAAGAAAGGAAAAAAGGAAGAGAGAGACAGAGAAAGAAAGAUGGAGACAAAGAGGUAAAGAGGCUGCGUGCAUGAGUACAUUGAGGGAGAGGCGGAGAGGGAGCAGGGAGGUGUGUGUGGAAAAAGGGGGAGAUGGUGAGCACUGGAAGAGGAGGAGGAGGAGGAGGAGGAGGAGGAAGAGGAGGAGGGGUGUAGUGCUGCAGUGGAGAGAAGUGAGAGGAGACUGCAGUCUCUGCUUAUGGGAGAGAUCAGACCAUGUUACCACAGCUCUGAGGGACUGAAGCUCGUUCACUCACUCAUAUUGGAUGGGCCUCCUUACAAAGAGGAAUACAACAUCUGACCGGUGAGUUUGGUUUCAUAGAUCUUUGCUGAAAAUUAGGAUUUAGUUUUGUUUCUCGGUUAAAAUCAAAUCCAGGAGAUCGCUGCCCGAUGCCUCUUUUCUGCAUUUUAACUCAGUGAGUCAUUAUAAAGUGAGGCGAGUCUCUGAAUACCUGAAUAUCCUUGGGUGAUCCAGGAUCUGCCAAUGCCUUUUUUUGUCUUGUUGAGUGAUGCUGGUCGGUGACAAGCUGCAGGAAUCAAAUGCAGAUAAGGACUGAGUGAUGAUGGCCUGAAGGUAAACACAGGGCUGAAACAGACCCACUCAUUUUUAUACACUUUAUUAUUUUUCAUUUUAAUUGCUGAGUUAUGGAAGUUAGGAUGCUGACGUCCUCCUGAGUUAUCCUGAAUUUUCAUGAUAUUACAGUUAAAUUUGACGAAGAGGAAUGAAAGUUGUCUGAUUUGGCGUUUGUGGCGGUUGCAGCAGAAACUUUGGUCAUAAUCGUCACAUCUUCAGUAGAGAGGAGCAGACAGCAUGCGUCUCAUGCCCGUACCCGGCGCUCAGGCAAUGACUUGACACUGGCCUCAAGCCAAUUUCUUAUUUGAUUGGAUGGUCACCUCAGCUGUAGUCUGGUUCUGUGCAAUCCUGGACCUCUGAUGGACACUAUCAGGAUUGCUUAGCAACAGUAAUCUGCAGGCCUUCAGCACACGGGCCUGAACUCUACAGCGUGUCAGACGCACGCACCUGACCACACAUGCUUUACCUCCGCGGUCCACGCCAAAAUACUGACGCUGGAAUGUAAUACGUAUCGAUUUGUUUCCUGCGAGGGACGACAGAUGUGGUUACAUCAUGAGUGCUGAUGGGGAAGUCUGAGGUCUGCGCGGUUACUUUUCUCUUAUCAUACAGAUAUCCUCACAUGCACUCAGAGCCGUUUUAACGUCUCCACAACAACGCGACCAAAAAGGAUCCUUGUUUGAAACUGAGGCGUGUGCUUUUUCAAACAGAAAGAGGAAACCGUCUGAUGGAAAUCUUCUCUUUUGAACAAACUGAUUCAGUUCAAACCUUCAUUAGAUCCUCGAGAACGGUUAGGAUUCCCCUCGUUUACAAUGACGUCAAGAUGCAGAAAAAGUGCAUUAAAAAAAGAGGACGGUUUUAAUAAUAAGCGAUGAUAACCCCGAGAUUUGUCAGCUGCUAUGAUACACACACACACACACAGAUGCACACAUUUUGUUUUAUCAUUUAUUCACGCUGAGUGUUUUAAGCAUCCCUCUCCUUUUGUCAAACCUCCGUCUCUACCGUCUCCAGCAGCUACCAAAGAUUUCAAAAAGUCUUCAACCUUUUCUGUUAGAGAAGAAACUUUCCCCCCUAAAGCCUGAACAAACAAACAAACAAACAAACAAACAAACAAACAGACAAACAGACAUGUGGAGGAUCAUGUGGCUGCAGGACCAGCGAUGGUUGUAAAGUUUCCAGUUAUUCCUCUGAGCUGGUGGGGGGGCAUGAAAGCAUAAAGACAGUGUCCGGUUCACCGUGUUCACAAUCACAGACUAGUGGGUCACAGAAAUGUAUCUGACUGCAGUGAAAUUAUUCUUCCACUAAAUAGCUUUUGCUCCAAAUGUCCAAUUAGUGCAAUGCCACUCUCUGCUUUCAGUAAUCUAAUUUAAGACAACAAAGAGGAGCAUUUCUCAUCCCCUGCAUUGAAUUAUAAUGCACAGAUGAUUCUGAAUUAAUCCAAAGUCAGUCCACGCUACAGUUGUUUCAUUAUCUGCAGCAUAUGUUUUACCCUGUUUUGUGCAAAAACAGCGAGCCUCAUUUACGCCCGAGCGUCGGCGCCGUCAUACCAACAGUGGGCCGGUCAUUCAUGAUCAUGCACCGAGAAUAGAAACCGAGAGUGAAUAAUCAGAAGCUCUGUUAAAGCAGCUGGACAGAGGGACAGUGUCAGCUGCUCACAGUGGAUUGGGUUGUAAAUACCAGUUUGGAAGCUUCCGGUUAUUUAUCAAUGAGUGACUCUGUUUAUGUCCGAAAACUGCAAAUGUAUCAGGGACUAGAAAUGAGAUGACUUUAUCCUGUCGUUUAAGAAUAUUACACACCUGUACAUAUUAAAUCAGACACAUAUUCAAACAACAGACGCCUGCAGAGAUGCAUGAGUGGAGAGGUGUCACAGUGAGUGGGCAGCACACGGACGAGCGCCCAGAAGAGCAGUUUGAGGUUUGGUUAAAGGGCACACAGGAAAUGAACUGGCACCCCUCCAGCUACCAGAGUCCAGAUCCAAAAUCAAGUUCCCUUUUCCUGUCCAACCAUGGCCCCCAGUUUUAAAUCUAAAAUCUAAAAAAGGAUCCUUCCCCACCUGGCCUAGAGCAAAAUUAUGUUUUUGUAAGACAUUGUAAGAUUUUUAAAUGCAUAUACCAAUUAACAGUGUUAGAUUUUACAUGCACAUGUUUUUCAGAAAUACUGCAGCUACCUUAAAUCAGUAUCAGCCUGGAGUGUCGACUUGAGCAGUCCCCGUUAGAAAAGACGAGCUCUGAUCCCGAUAGUUAAUUUAUGUGAAGAUGCUGUGUGGGAGGUGACAUUUCGAUGAUACCACAUAUGUUUUUAAGAUAAUUAGAGUUAUGCAUAAAUUUGCAUGAGUUGACUUUCACUAUAUUGACCUUUUGUAUGUCAUGUCAUAAUGCUCUGCUGGGAGGUGUUCCCUGUUCCAUGUCCACAUAUUUCCAGCUGUAAUCUGUAAAUUCAGCCACGGUUACAUCUUACAGGCACGGAAAGGACACUAUAGCUGUGUAUCAUCAAAACUCCACUUUAGAAACCAUUGGGUGAUAUUACUGAGACUGAGUUCAUGUUAUUUAUGAAAGUCUAACUUUUAUCAAACACAGCUGAACAACAAAAGCAGAGACUAUAAAGUUGUAACUACAAUAUUUUACAUUUGUAUAUUUAUAGUCUAUUUGCAGCAUAAAUGUUUAUGAAUACACCGAUGGACUAAUACGUUUGUCAAAUUUCUGUUAUUUGCAAGAAAUGCAUGUAAACCUCUUAUAGGGCUGCACGAUUUUGGCCAAAAAUAAAAUCCUGAUUUUUUUUUUUCUCUGAAAAUUCAAUUUUAGAUUUUUUAUUUAGUGACAACUUCAUAACAUCCUCAUAAUUGAAUAAUCCGACUAGGAUUUAAAAUCGAUUAAUCAUGCAGCCCUAACCUCUUAUUGACAGGACAGACAGUUGAGAGACUUUUGCAGCCGGGGAAAUUCAGUUGCACUUUUUUUGUGACGGAACUAACUCUCUGACGGAACUGCUGCUAACUCAUUAGCUUAAAACUUAAAACUAGCUUGUCUGGAGUUUCCUCAUUUACAUAUUUAACCUCGCUGAAGCGUUUCCCAUCAUGUUGUUCCUCCCUGUUUUCCAGUCCUCAGACUAAACUCAGCUCGCCAUGUCCUGGCUGUACCUUUUUUAUUGAAUAGACAGUUUAUUCUCCAGAUUUAUUGACUGUCUCUGUUAUUGCUCCAACAAUUUAGUUACCGGCCGACAAUCCAUCCACGCUCCAUUCUUUCUCUCUGACCCCAAACCUCUAAAACUUCACUGUGGAAAAAUAGGAGGGAUACAUACCUCCGUUUCUGGUCAUUCUUCAUCGUGACAGUAAAUUCUCACAUCAUCAGCGUAAUGGAUGACUUUACUUUCAUGGAUUUCACACCCUUUAGGAUGUCUCAGUGGAGAAUCUUUUGCCCACUCACAUCACUGUUCUCAGUUUAGUCCUUCACAGAUGAUGAAUAUUGUUGUUCUGAUGACUCCCUGGCUGUCUGUUUAUGCGUCCAUUCAUCUCUCACAGAGCGGAGUUGUUUCAUUGCAGCUCUUGAUCUCAUCAUCUGUUAAACAAAUGGGAUCAUCUUAAUCUAUUAGUCAGUUACUGGGGAGCAGCAGCGAAUCAGGAACGAUGAUAAAAGCUUCUGCUUUUUCAACAACAGCUCACUAAUCGACUCUUUUUACACCCUGGCCUUCGUGGCUCGGGGGCAUCAUUCAGAGUGAAUUUGGAAAAUAUGCUUUCUGGCUCUUUUCCAAAGUGAGAGGAGAAAAUCAGGGGCUUUCUUUUGUCUGUUUUCAGAUCUGCCUCAGUACUGGAGCCUCUGUGGGAAAAAUACAAGCAGCAAGCCCCAGUGCUGAGAAAUGAAUCCAACGUGGAAGUGCGAGAAAGUGCAGUUCCUUGAGUGUCCACUUGAGGCUGGGUACAAAUCCCCUGAAAGCCACAUACACACCCAUUCUAAACAGCCUGUCUUUAAAGCAAAACUGAACUAGUUUACAGCCUGAUACAAGAAUAAUUUCAGUUUAAAUGGUUCAUUUAUUUCUAUCCGCACACUCCAUGAGGGGUCUAUGUUUUUGCUUGAUAAGAGGCACAGCUGGCCAGGAGGCUAAAGGCUAAAGGGAGGCUACCCCUUGCCUUAAGCUAGGUCUGCCAAAAGAUUGAUGAAGUCUGCCCUCCUGAUAUCAGACUUCUACUUACUGUUUACAACCAGCACCGCCAUCUUUAAAUGUCAGCUCAGGGGUUGUGUAGAUCAUCCGACGAAGUUCCGACUCAGAGCUCAGAUAUCCAGACUUCCGAGUACAACUGGAACGCACCAUUAGUUACAUGACGCUACGCAUGCUAGCCUGUUAGCCUGGUUGCCAUCCACUACUCAGCGACAAUGGUGGCGCUCGGUGACACCAGUGCAUUAUCAGAAAGUCUGGUGACGUUUGACACAAUCAUUCAAAAGGUUCUGCGUGGCCAGACGCCCUGGACUGGGACACAGCUUAUGUCAGUGUUUUAUAUAGUUUUUGGUGUAAACGCUGGCCCCGCCCACCAGCACCUUUUAAAUCUGUGUUCAGGCUGUGAGUGGAGCCACAUAGUGAGAUGAUGAUCAGUUUCCACAUUCGACGAACCAACUGAGGCAGAUUAAGCCAAGAGUUAGCUCAUAAAGGAUGAUACCGUUUUUUCUGUGUUACUGUGUCUGAAUUCAGCUUGAACACUCACUGAAAAACCCCAACACUCCUUGUUAUUCCCCUCCUGGUCUAAUUUUUCUUCUCUCUACAUGAACAUAAAGUCGACUCAUAAAACCACGGGAAACCUCGCAGCCUUUUCUUUUUUUUACUCGAGUUAAAAUAUUUUCAACUCAGCAGAAAAAUGUCGCCUUGAGCUCGCUGUAACCUCGGCAAAUCAAACCCUCUUGAAUUUUUUUGCAGUGACUUUGUAAGCAAUUUUCCUCCUUAGACUCACCUUAAGGCUCUCGAACGCAUCCCUGUCUUCGGGGAGGGUUGUCUCAUUGAGCAGGUUGCCUGGCAACCAGACCUGUAGUUUACAGAAGCUACAGUGAUAGAUUAACUUCUGUUCAUUUAGAAACAGCCUUGUGAGAAGUCCACUUUUAUCAUUUAUCACUUCAGUUUAUGAUACGAUGAAACAAUAAAGUCGUAAUUACCCUGAUGAGCUUUAAUUGGAGACACUAUGAAUUAAAAACACGACCAAUCAGCUCGCAGUUUCUUCUUUGUAUGAUAACAAAAAAGUAACUCUCCAUAGUUUUGAUGCCAUAAGAACCUCACAGAUACAGUAUUGAAUAUAUCAUCACUGGAGGUGUUUGUUUUUGCAUCUUUUAUCAGAUCAAAUUCAGAGUCAGGAUCAUAUUUUCUGCUGGUGGGAGUUAGAUUAUCUGUCUCUCUGUCACCCUCCAUCCUUCACUUCCUCUUUUAGCUCGAAGCGAGAGACUUGACCUGUUGCACCUUUAUAUCAUACACUCUUACAAUAUUGUAUUAUUCUUAGCUAACACUAUUGUUCAAAGCAGUAUACAUCCCAAUGCUUGCAAUUCUCACUCUCCAAAAUCCGCCACGAAAUUCGCCUCAUAAACGCAUUCAAUAGGAAUUGGCAGACUGCACAAAUCGCCACCGUUCCUUUUGCGGUGGAAAUUUGAGGUUAGAUUCAUGUUGAUGCCUUUAACGAAUUAACAAAAUCAAACAAGAUCAGCACCUAUGAGACAUUAGUUUUUUCAUAAACCUAUUUUUAGUGUCUGAAACUGGUACAAGGGGGUAAAUCCAGACCUUAAAGAGUUUUGUUUUUACAAUUUACACAUAAAAUAUUCACAGCAAAUGAUAAAGAGACUGUCAAAAGUCAGCAGAAGAGGAUUUGUUGUAAUAAAUCAAAACUCAAGCAAAACUCUUCAUUUGGUUUAUUUUCACAUAAAAAGCAUCUUUAAUAAUUGAAUAAUAAGCAACAUGAAUGUUUAUGUCCUGCUGCUCCAUCACUAUGUCAUCAUGGUUGUAUUUUGGCUUCACUUCUCAUGACGGCACAGUGGCCAUAUUGGUAAACAGUCAAUAAUUCACUCAAGUGUAAGUUACCCACUCUAAAGUAUUUUAUGCUGAUGCAGUAACUUGAUGUUUGUGUUUCUGUUCAGAACUGAGGAAGUCAAAGUUUUUAAAAACCUUGUUGUGAUCAUGUCAGAUGAAAAGUUAAGAUCAUUUUAGUAGUUCGGGAUCGACGAGCCUGAAACCAUUUAAAGCUUUAGCAGUGGUGAGAUCUCAGGUCUCUGUUUAAUACCUUUAAUGUGUCCCCAAAACCCCCACAGGUCCCUGCUCAGGACAAAGUGUUCAAUUAAAGCUCAUUUUAGGAUCAGAUAUCCCUCCUGGAGCCGUACACCCCCAAUAAGCUGACCCUUCACUUCACUCUCUCCUCUCUCUUUGUCUCAUCUCUGCUCGCUUCAGGGACGCUGCACCUAGUCUUUGACAAUGAAGUUCAACCUGUUCAAGAAGGCGCAGGCUGUGGCGGCCCCCGAGCCCACCGGCGCUGCCUCGACCAUGGCUCCCACCGCCCCCCCGGCCGUCAUCUCCACGUCUGCGCCGGAAACCUCUGGCUCCAACAACACAGAGAUCAACAAGAAUGACAUGUUUGAGGAGAUCAAGAGCAAAUUCUUGAAUGAAAUCGAUAAAAUCCCACGUGAGUAAAUCUGCAGCGCUGCCUCCGUUCAUUUGAUGAAAUAAAACACAUUUUCUAAGAGAGAAACUCCAAAGUUCUGAGUCUGUAUCGAAUUUGUGGUGUUUUUCUGGAACCCGCAGUGCCUCCCUGGGCUCUGAUUGCCAUCGCCGUGGUGGCCGCUUUGCUCAUCCUCACCUGCUGCUUCUGCAUAAUCAAAAAAUGCUGCUGCAAGAAGAAGAAGAACAAAAAAGGGAAGAAGGGCAAGGACGGCUUCAACAUGAAGAACAUGCAGGGUGGUGAGGUAUGAUGCAUUGCGCCGAAACAGUCACCUGAAGAGGGCGUGUUCUUCUUUUCUUUCUUCCAAUUCAAACAUUUCCAAACGCUUUUUCCUGCUGUGUGAUUCUGGUUUUCUCUGGCUAACCACGUUUGAUCUUUCACCAGCAGCUUUUGUAGCCCAGGCUGUAGAGGACACAAGGAGAGCGCUCUUCCUCCUGCUUUUACUCGAUGUCGUUGUUGUUGUGGUGGUUGUUGUUUACUGUGUGAUGUACUCCAUUGUGGCCGGCGGUGAAAAAUGACACACUUUGUUAACGGGGUUACAAAGACAAAUGAGUUUUAUGUGUGGAAGCAGCAGCACAAAGAUUUUAUUACGCACAUGAAGAGCCCAGAAACAAAGAGAGGACGGCGGCCAAUCAAUCAGGGGGAUAAAUGUUCCAAAAAGACGUGAUUGAUUUGAGAGCCGAUCAGCUGACGUCUCCAUAGAUCGCCAUGAUCGCAGUGACAGUUAAUUAAAGGAGUCAAUUACUCGGGCUGGAAAGAAGCGUGUCAUUUCUCCCCCUAACUGUGGUGGUGGUGGUGGUGGUGGUGGUGGUGUUGACUGCCCCUCUUUUUUGGUAGCGUGUUUGGUGUCUUGUGAGUUGAAUCUCUUCCUCUCUCUGCUCUCCUCCUGUCCUUUUGUUUCCCGCGUUGUGUCUGUCUUGUGUGUGCCUCGUGUUUCAUGACUGUGGUGGACUCCCGCUCUACGGUAGGUGGACAGCUCACGGUGAUGCUCUCUGACCCCCCGGGGCGGAGGGGGGUUUCAUGGAAUGAAAGUCGUAGCUUCCUUUGCUCUUUUUUUUUUCUUUCUUUCUUUGUAGCCCCUCCCAACUUUUUACUUUUGUUAUGACAGCUUGAGAAUGAAACAAUGGAAAGCUAUGAUGUGCUCCAUAAACCCCAGAGAGGAGAGUCUAACCAUCUAACACAUUGUUCCUGGGACAAUGUAACUGUAACUCACGCCAAUAUGAAAAGUAUUGGACCAAGAGAUGAUAUGCAAGACACUUUUAACACUAUUAAUCGAUGCAUGUGAUAAAGGGCAUGGUUGGUUGUUUGGGAGACAUGGAAACGGUGAUGAUAACAAAAAAAAACCACAUGCAUGAAAAGUCAAAUCUUUCCUUUUGAUUGAAACAAACGAGGAGGAGGUUGGAUGUAGAGACACUGGAUGGCCUAAGAAGAAAAAACAACAACAUUUGCAGUCAAGUUUAGCUCAAUACAACCCUGAUUUCACAGAGGAUGGGAUCCUGUGUUAAAUGUUGAUAAAAGCUGAUUUUGUUGGUUUGAAAAUCAUUUAAAUUCAAAUUAUAAAUUGCAAAGACAACAAAUCUAGCAGACAAACAGAAAAUUUUAUCACCUAUGAAAUAUUUAUGAUUAUUUUUAAUUUAGCGGCAGAAACACAAUUUUAAAAAGUUGAGGUAAAAGAAACAAAACACUGAAAAAGUUUGUUUUGGUCAUCUUCAAACUUACUGUGCUGUUCUGAAACAGGUAAGUAACAAGAUCAGGAAUGAAAAUAGAGUUUCAGAGAGGCCGAGUCUCUCAGAAUUAAAGAUACGAGGAGCGACUGUGUGAGUAAAUAGUUCAAUAAUAGCAGGAUAAAAUACUUGACCUGAAGGAGGAGGAUUUAUCAUCAGCAGGAUAUCAUGUCGUUAAAAGACCGAGAGAAUCUGCAAACAGGACAAAACUGAAAGACUAUAAUGGAUGUCUGUCAUCCUCAAUCCUUCAGGAAACACUGCAUGUAAAAAAAACAGGCAUGACUCUGGAGUGGAAGUCACUGCAUGGACUCAUGUCACUGAUAAAAACCCUUUUCUGAACAUGAUUUCCUGCUGCCUUCACAAAUACAGGUUAAAACUUUAUAUAGAGGAACCCACUGAAGACGGACUGAGUCUGAAAACUGUUGUGUCGUCUGAGGAAUCAAGAUUGGACAGUCUUUGUGGAAAUCAUUGACGCCACUUCCUCUCCUCUGAAACUUAAAAACCAGUGUCCCUGAUGGUACUGAAAUACACAAGUGCCCAUGUCAGGGAUAAUUUAUACACCUGAGAAGGUGCCUUUAGUGCUGAACAACAAAAACAGGUGUAGGAGCGAUAGAUAUCAGCAUCCAGAAAACUUCCUUUUUCUUCUUGGUUGUUAAAAUAAACAGCGAUGUAUCGCAGUGAUAGAUGUGACACCUAACUUUAAAAAAAAUCAUGUUUCUGUAAUCACAUUAAAAAUAAGCAUUAGUUUAUUAAUGAAAGAUGAAAUUUUCAGUUCCAACAUUUGAUUAAUCGUAUUUUUGCUAAUUUGAAUAAAAAAAUAGUUCAAAUGAUUUACAAACGAUCAGAUUCUGUUCAUUAAAAUUUUACGCAGCGCCUCGACUUUUGUGAAAUCAGGGUAAAUGACUCUGCAGCAAACUGACUGAGCAUAAUUCAAAUAGCUGGCUGUGCCCUUUAAUCCUGAAUUACAUGUACUGUAAUAAUGGUGAGCUAAAAAAGAGAGGCAUUUCUUUGGUGCCACAUAAAUUUAGAGGCAAAAAAAGGCAUGCAUUGGAUUGAAUCUUGAAACAAAUGAAGUUCAUGUUUUGGGUUUAAUAAGACGACAAAUUUCUAAAAGCUGUAGGUGAUCUGAAAGCCAUCUCCUUGCUCUAAAUAAGAUUAUAUCCUAUUUGCCUUUUUAUAAUUUUAGUCUGCACUGGCCUUCGCUCUUGUGAGCUAGUUCCUUUAGGGGAUCAUUUAAAAAAACAUUUAUUUUCUGCUUCAUUAAGUCAAAUCAAAGAGUUUCAUGCAAAUAUCUGAUUUAAUUGGACUUUUUUCUAAAAAAUGCAUUUAUUCCCCCUCUUAGUGGAACUAGCAUGCAAAGCCUCAACUGACUCUGGCUGACUCUGAACUGCACAAGCAUGUUGAAGGAAAUGAUCCAAAAACACUGUGAGGAGCAGGUGUGCAGAAACUCCCAGGAGUAGUUUGUAUUUAUGUGCUACCAAUAAAUGAUGAAUGAACCCCUGGUGGUCACCAUGAGAGGUGCUGUGCAGGUAAGCAGGAACCAGAACAUGUAUUUCCCAUGUCCAAAAACUCCUGGAGCCCCAGUGUCUGUGGCAUGCUGGCUGUUGUGGGGGAGCCCUGUGUUCUGAUCUCUGAUCUCUUCGUUUUUAACGCCAGGUUUUAUCUUCUUACCUUCCCGCUACAGAAACUCCAGGAUGACGACGACGACGAGGAGGGAGAGACGGGCCUGACGGAGGAGGAGAAAGAGGAAGAGGAGAAGGAGCAGGAGAAGCUGGGGAAGCUGCAGUACUCCAUCGAUUAUGACUUUGAGAAUACGAAGGUCGGUAUUCGCUGCAACUGACAUCAUAUGACAUUAUAGAAACCAGAGGUGAGGUGUUCUCUCGCCGCUUCAGACUCAUUUUUAUCACGUCUAAUAAAGUAACUUUUGCUUAGGGGAGAGAAAUAUGCAUCAAAUAUUUAAUUUAACUAAAAGAUACAUUGAGUAGAAAAAGGAAAAUUUAGCUAAACUUAGUGGACAGACUAUCACCCCUCCUAGGGCUGGGCAAUAAACCGAAAAUUUACCGAUACCAAAAUUUACAAUAAUAGCUGACGUCAUUUUGCCCAUAUCGGUAUAUUCUGUGUCGAAAAAUAUAUAAAAAAUGGUUUUGGAUGUGUGUAGGUAGGCUAUGGUCUCAUGACCCUUUAAGACGCUGUCCUACGUCAGAGACGUGACUCCACCCCAUCCAGUCUGUAACAAAGAGGGAAAGACAGGUGAGGAGAUGGAGGACGUGAUAUUGAUUUGAGGCCAUAUCGCCCAGCCCUCUGUGCUCCUGUAUAGAUAUAAAAGUUUUAUUCUUCAUCAACAAAACUAAAUGAUUUUUAUAUCCAGGUGACUAAACUCUGAUUAAAACAAACUUUGAAAUGUUAUCGAUGAUAUUUCGGGGCGUCAGAGAGAGAACGCAGAAAACAAAGUAUUGAUCUUUACAGGGUCGGUUUUAUUUGUCCCCUCUGUUUGUUCAGCCCCCAUACAACUUCAAUUUAUGAUAUUUAUGAUGUCUCCAUACACCGCCAUAACUCUUACUGUGUGACACUGAAGGAAAACGUCUGACAUUCAACAUGAUUCCACCCGGACAGGAAGUCUGCGGUGAUUGAUCACAAAGCUCAAGUUGUCAGACGAUGUUAUAGAAGCGAUUUCUGCUGCAGUGACCCUGAAACGGAUGAAAAAUCCUCCAAACUUUGGGUUUUCUUUUCUUCUUAAACUUCUCUUUUAUCCUACAGCUCACGAUUGGCAUCCUUCAAGCUGCAGACCUCAUAUCCAUGGACUCAGGCGGAACCUCAGACCCGUACGUCAAAGUCCAGCUCCUGCCCGACAAGAAGAAGAAAUAUGACACCAAAGUUCACAAGAAAACCCUGAACCCGGUCUUCAACGAGACCUUUGUGUUUAAGGUAAACCUUCUUCUCUGCUCUGCGUUCAUUUGAAGCUGUAAACAGAAAGACAUCAAACAUUCAUGGACGACAGUGAGAGAGUCCGCAUUAUAGAUACUCAUCCUGACCCCACCACCACGUCGGAGCGUCCUUUACUCUGUUAGAGAGAGAGAGUACCGGCUGGGUCUGGUCUUGGACUCACUGGUCUGUGCAGCUUUAAGUACACGCUGCUCUUUUCUAUCCUGGAUAAUAAAUCCCAGAGGGACUCCACGAGGCUGAGCUGCAGGCCGGGAGAAUCUGCCCGCCUGAAAAUAUGCAGCAGCAGGAAAAACAAAUUUAGCCGCACUUUCAUUUCACAAACAGAUUUGAUUGGAAAUGGAAAUAUUGUUCUGUAAAUAAUCACUUUUCCCUUUUUUAAUCUAAAACCUUUUGUUUGUGUUAUUAUGAUUCAUUUCUUUAUUGUGAUUGUGUGCAGGAAACAAUCAUAAUAGUUUAGUAUAACUGGUCACAAACAAACUAAUAGAGUCCCUGAGCCACAGAGCUUUGCUGAUUCUUAUGCUCCAAAUUAGUGCUCUACUGGUCUAAAGGUCUAAGUCCACCCUAUAUUCAGAGGUUAUUCCUCUAGUGGGCAGCCUGGGUUCGAGCUUUUUUCCUGCGUGUCAUUUCCUGCUCUAUUCACCGCCCUGUGGAUAGACUAACUCUCUUAAAAAUCCUCAUCUUCAUAUCGGAGAACUUUAAUCAUCUGGAGCUUUUGAACUUUUUAGACUUUUUUGAAUUUAUUUGAACAUGAACAACAAUUAAACAGUUCAAAUUAAAGACAUAAACACACAAAAAAACAUAGAAAAACAGAAAGAAAACAAAAACAGAGUCAAAUAAUUUUGUCAUUUUCGUGUUCAAAGAUGGAGUAGGAGGAAGUGGAAACUUGUCUGGUCCCACCCCUUCAGCUUGCACGAACUAUCAGUAAUUCGUUUACCUGCUUCCAGUUAAUAAUAACAACAAUAAUAACAAACUUUUCUUACUUCAGUAAAAUCAUUCGUUGUAAUUAAUCAAUUUUUAGAGUUACGCCAUCUUUUAAGAAUCCAUUCAUCCAGAAAACUUUGUAAAAAUCCUCAAACUCAUGGGAUUUUUUCACCUUUAUUUGUUCAUGGAGUCACUUAUUUAAAAAAAACAAUAACUGAGAUGUUCAUCCACAUGAUUUUUUACCCGUCCAUCAGGUCCCUUAUGAGGAACUCGGUGGAAAGACUCUGUGCAUGUCCGUCUACGACUACGAUCGAUUCUCCAAACACGACGUCAUCGGAGAGGUGAAGCUCCCCAUGAACACCAUCGACCUCGGGCGGCCCAUCGAGGAGUGGAGGGAUCUGGAGAGCGCGGAUCAGGAGGAGGUGCUGUUGAGAUUCACGCUUUUCAAAUCAGAAUUAUUGAUAUUUGAUGUUUAUUUGAGGAUCGUCCUCCUGAGAUGAAGCGUCUUAUCUUAAGGGGGCGCUAAAAACAAGAUUCAUUAGUGUUCAAACUUUCAAGCCAAACUAAAACUUAUCAUUUUCUGUGACUUGGUCUAAAAGUAAUAAAUGAUCUUUGAAUUCAUCGGCUCAGAAAUCAGGAGCUUUUACACAUAAAAAAUCACCUCAGAGCAAAAAUGAGACUCUAGUUUAUCUCUAAAACCUUCAGCUUUCAAACCUGAUAUCCUCUCGUUUUCUCCAAGUUUUCCUGGAGUUCAUUAUCUUAAAGUACAGAAAAACUGGCGCCUCUGUGGCUGAUGAGCGUGUGUGCUUGUCAUUUCUGUCUCUCCUCUCUGUGCUGACCACUCAGCCUGAGAAACUCGGAGACAUCUGCAUCUCUCUGCGUUACGUCCCCACCGCCGGGAAACUGACCGUCUGCAUCCUGGAGGCCAAGAACCUGAAGAAGAUGGACGCCUGCGGGUUAUCUGGUAAUGAAACACAAAUGUUCACUUCAUAAAAACACAAUCUAGUUUGAUAGACUUUUGUUAGAACUGGUACUUUUCCUGUAAAAUAUGAUGUCUGGUUUGAGUUUUACUGCUAACUGGAGGUUUGAAUCCUCUUCCUUAAACAUUUCAACAACAAAAAUCACAGUUUCAGAGUUUCCUUCACUGUCCUCAAAGUCCUCAAACAUGAAGCACAAUGUUAUAAAUUUAUCUGCACACCGAUGGUCACCGCACCUGUUCAGACCAGCUUUUGGUCUUCACAGCACAUUCCCAACAUCAGAGAAUCAGAAACAGUUCAUACAUGAAUGAAAUGGUCAUAAAUAUUUACCUGAAGUGAUAAAAUGUAAGAAAAGAUAAUAACACAGCUCUGAUCUUCGGUUUUUACUGACAACCGUCGCAUUGAUGCUCUUUUUAGAUCCUUAUGUGAAGAUCCAGCUGCUGCAGGGCGGCAAACGUCUGAAGAAGAAGAAGACCACGGUGAAGAAGAACACCCUGAACCCCUACUAUAAUGAAUCCUUCAGCUUUGAGAUCCCUCUGGAGCAGAUGCAGGUACGGACCACACACCAAACCGACCCCUUAAUAAUGUAUGUCCCUCUGUGCAAGAAAGAGUUUCAUUAAAGGCACCGGGAGGAGUUUUUAACAAAAUCUGAAAUAGUCUGACUGGAACGUCUUUAUGAACUUCGUAGUAAAAGGAUCAGAUUAUGUCUGCAGACUGAAUUUUAGUGCCAACAAGCCAAUUUUAUAUCCAAGAACUCAGUGUGUCUGCGAUCAGAGCUCCACUGACUCUGAACAUGUGAGUGAUUGACUGCUCUGAGGAAAAGUGUUAAACCGAACACUUAUUUACAUUUUUCUGAGGACUCACACGGGGGCUGUGACAGGUACGAGUAAGUCUGCACAUCUGGUCACCUUUUGUAAUUACGUCUUGUUAAUUACAGUUGAUAAUUUCAUGCAACUCAUCACUUUGCAUCCUGCAAAUAUCAAACUGGUCUGAAUAUAACACAGGGAUUAAAAUACUGAAAAUACAAUCAAAGAAAACUGGGGUCACCUACAGAAUAUUCUUGUUUACAACAUCAGCUCUUGAAAGAAGAUUAAGGCCACAAGAAGAGAAAAAAAAUGAUUACAGGAGAGAGAGUUUUUUUAAUUUCGAGAUUAAAGUCGAGAUGUAAAAGAGUCUAAAUGAAAAAAUAGAAUUUUUUGACAUUAAAGUCAAAAUUUGGAGAUUAAAACAGUCAAAAUUUUGUGAAUAGAGUCAAAAUUAUUGACAUAACUAUUGAGAUAAUUUCUAUUUUUUUAUCUUGAAAUUUCAACUUUAAUCUUCUUCUUGUAGUUAUUUUAUUUCUCUUUAUGUGGCCCUAAUCCUCUGUUGUAAAAACCCAAACUGUCUGAUGAAGCAAAUCACCAUCAAAUCCAGUCGCUCUGUCAGAUCUCCAAUAAUAAUAUAUAUAUUUUUUUUUUUAGAUUAUUUCGAGUUGAAGUUCCUGUGAAAACUUUGUAGCUGCUGAACGAAACUGACCGAAGUUUUUGACUCUGUUAUUUCUGACAUAUAAAAUCGAUGGUGGAGUCGGAUGGGAGGACGUCAGAUCAGCUGUUUUCUGGAGUUCUACUACAAUGAUUACGGUUGUUUUGUUUGUUGCAAAUUCAUGCUUUGGAUUUCGACACACAUUACAGAGUGCUCAUGGGAAAUGCAGUCUUCAUCUGAUUUCAUGAAAGCUCCUCACAGUGUCUUUAAACCCUCAGACUCACUCCUUCUCUUUUUCUAUUGUUGACACUCACCAGACGUCCCUCACUCUCUUUUUCUAUUGUUUACACUGAACAGCUGUUCCUCGCUCUCUUUUUCUAUUGUUUACACUGAACAGCUGUUCCUCACUCUCUUUUUUUAAUGUUUACACUGAACAGCUGUUCCUCACUCUCUUUUGUUUGACAGAAAAUCUUGGUGGCGGUCACAGUCUUUGAUUACGACAAGAUCGGUAAGAACGACGCCAUCGGAAAGAUCUUCGUCGGCAGCAAGGCGACCGGCCUGGGUCUGAAGCACUGGUCCGACAUGCUCGCCAACCCUCGCCGCCCCAUCGCUCAGUGGCAUGCGCUGCAGCCAGAGGAGGAUAUCGACGGUCAGCUGGCGUCCUUGGCUGCAAAGAAGUAA